GGUGGGUAAUAGAGUUUCUCACUUUCCCCCUUUAACAGAAGGGAUUUUCUAAUUCUUCUCCAUUUUCUGUUCCACUCUAUUACUUGAGAAAAUCUGAGAAUCGACGUCCUCUCCUCUCCGAUUCUGAUGACUUCAGAUUUUGCAACAGUUCCAGCUGAACUUGAAGCAGCUUUGCGGUUGAAGACUGUCCAAUACUAUGUAACUCAAAGGCCAUGGCUUAGUACCGCAUCAAGCCUCUAAAACCUUUUAUAUUCAAAUUAUAAUUAUGUUUUUGCAAAAAUUAGACCAGUUGCACCCUUUGGAGGCACAAGUAGCAAACCUCAUGUUGAUCUUGCACUUAUACACUGGUGCUUGCAAGAUGAGUUGCUUUAUGAGGAUGAAUCCAUAUGAUCUUGGAAGGGCAUCAUGUGUUUCUCGAAAAUGGAGGUACACAAUUUGUAACCCUUUGUUUUGGUGUAAUGCAUGCCUAAAGGCUUGUUAGGUAAAAUUUUGUGUUGAUUUUGAUUUCUUUAGUAGGUUAUUAUAUGUUGAUCAUCAAAUUUGAAAAUUAGUGCCUCUUUUAUGAAAGCUCUCUGGAGUUUUGGAGAACUAUAAGAUUUUGCAGUCAAAAUAUGAAGGGUCAUGGAGAAAAAAUGUGGCUAUUAAGACUAAGGGUCAGAACAGACGAAGAUUUCUGCACAAGGUUAAAUUCUUCUAAGGACCUGAUGCAUAAUGUAGAAGUUGGCUCUAAAUCUGAUUGCCUCAAAAAAUAAAGGACAUGGGCAAAUGCAUGAACUUCAGAGCAUCUAAAGCAGACUGUCUUUCGUGGCCACUAUACACCAUCAGAUGACAAGGUUGAAGCUGCUGUCUUGUACCCUGGUAUGCAUCCUACUGUGCUGAGAAUCUGCUUAAGGUUAUGAGGAACAACAACAGGGGCAAAUAAUCAAAUGGAUCUGCUUUCACUAGUUACAAGCAGUGUAGACAAUAAUGAGGUUGGUGGUCCUGAGGAGGAUCUCCUUGGAGUGAUUGAAGGGUGGCAGGAUGAUGAAACUCACAACCCAGAUGUGCCAGCAGUCUCAUGCAAAAGGGGCCUAACACCGUUUGUCUUUGUCCCAUUUGCAGGGAGAACCGACCUGCCUUCUACUUGUAGGAUAUUCACCUGGACCUUGAUGCUGCAAAUCGUGGUUGUGGACAGGGAACAGUCUGAGUUCGAGCCUUCAGUGUGCCUAACUCUAACCUGGAGGCUUAGACCAGUGAACAGUCCAGUAUUUCAGUUCUUUGAUUUGAAUGCUUACAGUCUUGCCAUCAUAAAGGUGCUCCUGGUUUUGCAACAAUGACCGUUUAAAGUACCCUGAAUCAUGAGUACUGUAAUGUGGAGUUGAGUCGCCAGAGGGCUGCCUUGUUAUAGGAGACGCAUGUGCCAAUGCUACACAGCAGGUGAAUGGCGUGGUGAAGCAGUUAAAGGUGUUAGUGGCACUGAAGGAGAAUUUGUAUGGUACUAUCCAUAUAUUGAUCGGAGAAUUACACAAGGAACAUGCUGUUUGGGAGAGCUUCGUGGGAGAUAUGGUGAAAUGUCACACAGUUGAUGUAGAGAAAUUAGCUUGGCUACCAAAUGAGAUCUGCAAAUUCCAGAGGACAAUCAUCUAUGUAUGAAGAGGGUCUUCUCAUACUUUCAUUCAAGAGGAAUUCCUUUGAGCAGUUGUUCAAGAUGUGAAGAACGUAUCAAUACAUCAAUUUGCCUUUCCAUUGUCUACAUCAUAAGCAAAGUAUUACGGCCCCUUUCAAAGAAUCAGAUCUAUAUACAUCUUCAAAGCCAAUGCCUGUCCGUUUCAAAUAAAAAACCAGUUAUGAUCUCCAAAUCACCAAUCUGCUUCAAACGGGCUUCUCCCCAGAACACAAACUUAAUGAACACUGAUCGGUCCACAUUAUUGCCAUGUCAAAUAAUUGGGCACCAAAGCUUCGGCAUGUGAAAACAUGUCCAGCUUAUAGCGAUCUCACCUGUGAAGCCCAUCAUAAGAACCUGACUGUUAGUUUUAACCAGAUUGCUUAUAUCAGCUGUCGAAUAAGGGCUUUUUUGCCACCAACAACGAGUUAGAGGGUUGGUUUGCAUGUGGAAUUGUCCAAAGGGGGUAACCUGCCACUGGCCGAAAAGUUGAGAGGGUAAUCUGUAUAUUUUGCCGCAUGUCGCACCAGGCUUUAGAGACAAAUUGGCAGGUGCUGCUGCACGCACCGUCUGAGCACUGGUCAAGAUGAGUCAUAGGGCUGCGAUGCUCAAAUCCCCCAUCCUCUGCGUCAAAUUGUAGCUG